AUGAGCCGGGAGUUGGUUUUGGGCUCCUGCGCAUUACCUGAGCAGCGCGCGCGCCGGGCGCAUCUGUCCGUCCUCCCGCUGACGUCACAGCUGCCAGAGGUUUGCGCUCGCUGCCUUUGCCUUUCUGAAGAUAUCCAGGAGGAGGAGGAGCUGUCAAAUUUGGUCCCGGCGGAAUAUUGCGUCCUGCUGGCAUGGAAUGACGCCUUUCUCAGCUGGACUUUCGAAAACACGAUGGCAAGCCAUUUUCUCAAGUGGAUCAGUCUCACCUCUCUGCUGUGGCUGGGUUCUGAUGGUGUGGCGGAAAAGAAAGUAUGCCAAGGUAUAACAAACCGUCUAAACCUUCUUGGCUCUAAAGAAGAUCACUACCUGAACAUGGUUAAGACAUUCAGCAACUGCACCGUGGUGCUGGAGAACCUGGAGAUCACCUACAUGGAGGAGCACCAUGACCUGUCCUUUCUUAGGUCUAUCACAGAAGUGGGUGGUUAUGUCCUGAUUGCCCUCAACACGGCCUCCAGGAUUCCUCUGGAGAACCUGCGCAUCAUUCGGGGUCAUUCCCUCUAUGAAGGGACGUUUGCACUUGCUGCGCUCGCCAAUUAUGACAAGAGCACAGGUCUGGGCACCACUGAGCUCCUGCUGACCAGCCUGACCGAAAUCAUUAAGGGAGGUGUAAAGUUUGGGAACAACAAGUUAUGCAACGUGGAAACAAUACAAUGGUAUGACAUUGUCAAUGGCGACGCCAAACCCACAAUGGAGUUACCAGUGGCGAGCGACAACUCGCUGUGUAGGAAAUGUCCCUCGAGCUGUCACAACGGUUCAUGUUGGACGCCACAACACUGUCAGACCUUAACCAAACUGAACUGUGCACAGCAGUGUUCUAAGAGAUGCAAAGGACCUUCUCCAAUCGACUGUUGCAACGAGCAUUGUGCAGCAGGGUGCACAGGACCCAGGCCCACCGACUGUCUGGCCUGUCGGGACUUUCAGGAUGACGGGGUGUGUAAGAACACCUGUCCGCCCCUCAUGCUGUACGAUCCGAACCAGCACACCCUGGUUCCCAACCCGCAUGGAAAGUACAGCUUCGGAGCCACCUGUGUGAAAAGUUGCCCAUAUAAUUAUGUUGUGACUGAUCACGGAGCGUGUGUGCGGACGUGCAGCGGGAACACAUACGAAGUGGAUGAAGGAAAAAACAGAAAGUGUGCCAAGUGCGACGGGCUGUGUCCAAAAGUGUGCAAUGGACUUGGAGCAGGAGACCUGAUCAACACCCUGUCUAUUAACGCCACUAACAUCGAUUCAUUUAAAAACUGCACCAAAAUCAAUGGCAACAUUGCUAUCAUGCAUACAUCCAUUUAUGGGGAUAAAUUUACCAAGACGCCAAAGAUGGAUCCUGCCAAGCUGGAUGUGUUUAAAACAGUGAAAGAAAUCACUGGAUACUUGUGGAUUCAAACAUGGCCGACGGACAUGAGGUCACUCAGCCCCUUUGAGAAUCUGGAGAUAAUUCGAGGAAGAAUGAAACGUGGUAGCCGAAGCGUUGUUAUGACUCAGCUUGAAAUUGACUACCUGGGGCUUCGGUCCCUGAAGGAAAUCAGUGAUGGAGACGUGGGCAUCAUCAAGAACAAGAACCUCUGCUACACGAACAAACGGCAUUGGAGCCAGCUCUUCAAAUCAAAAAGCCAAAGCGCAAAUUUAGACGACAAUGCCGAUGCUGACGUGUGUGCUCUGAAGAACAACACAUGUGACAGAAAGUGCACCGCAGACGGCUGCUGGGGCCCAGGCCCAGACAUGUGUUUCGCCUGUAGAGACUACAGCCGGGAUGGAAGCUGUGUUGACUCCUGUAACAUCCUGGAUGGUGACCCACGGGAGGCAGUUGUGAACAACAUCUGUGUGGCGUGUCACCCAGAGUGUCAACGCCUGAAUGGGACCGCAACCUGCAGGGAGCCUGGCCCUGAAAACUGUACAAAGUGUGCCAACUUUCAAGAUGGACUGUUCUGUGUGUCCCGCUGUCCGCAAGGAGUGCCAGGGGAGGAUGACACCGUUGUGUGGAAAUUCGCUGAUGAGAAGAGAGUGUGCCAGCUAUGCCACAAAAACUGCACUCAAGGGUGUUCGGGACCUGGUCUUGAAGGGUGUAACAUUAAAAAAACCUCAGGUCUGUCCAUGAUUGCGGCCGGUGUAGUCGGUGGGCUGCUGGCUGUUCUUGUUGCCGGCCUGUCGGUCUUUGUGUUGCUACGCCGACGCCACAUCAAGAGGAAGAGAACCAUGCGCAGACUGCUGCAAGAGAGAGAGCUGGUUGAACCUCUCACUCCGAGUGGACAAGCACCAAACCAGGCUCUUCUGCGGAUCCUUAAGGAACCUGAAUUUAAGAAGCUGAAAGUGCUGGGAUCAGGAGCUUUUGGGACUGUUUACAAGGGUCUGUGGGUCCCCGAGGGAGAAGAUGUGAAAAUUCCUGUGGCCAUCAAGGUUUUGAGAGAGGCAACAUCACCGAAAGCAAACAAGGAAAUCUUGGAUGAGGCUUAUGUGAUGGCCAGUGUGGAGCACCCCCAUGUAUGUCGUCUGCUUGGCAUCUGUCUGACCUCAACAGUGCAGCUCAUCACGCAGCUGAUGCCCUACGGCUGCCUGCUGGACUACGUGAGAGAGAACAAGGACAGUAUCGGCUCACAGCACCUGCUCAACUGGUGUGUGCAGAUAGCCAAGGGUAUGAACUACCUGGAGGAACGCCACUUGGUGCAUCGUGACUUGGCGGCCAGAAACGUCCUGGUGAAAACUCCUCAACAUGUUAAAAUCACCGAUUUUGGCCUGGCCAAACUCCUGAAUGCAGAUGAGAAAGAGUACCACGCUGAUGGAGGAAAGGUGCCAAUAAAAUGGAUGGCUCUCGAAUCUAUCCUGAACAGAACUUACACUCAUCAGAGUGAUGUCUGGAGUUAUGGUGUAACAGUUUGGGAGCUGAUGACCUUUGGGACCAAACCAUAUGAUGGGAUUCCAGCCAGUGAAAUAGCCGGAGUUCUGGAAAAAGGAGAACGUCUGCCUCAACCACCAAUCUGUACCAUAGACGUCUAUAUGAUUAUGGUGAAAUGCUGGAUGAUCGAUGCAGACAGCAGGCCUCGUUUCCGGGAGCUAAUUGCUGAGUUUACAAAGAUGGCUCGAGAUCCUUCCCGCUAUCUCGUCAUUCAGGGUGAUGAUCGCAUGCAUCUACCGAGUCCCACAGAUUCAACGUUCUAUCGCAGCCUAAUCAGUGGAGAGGAUAUGGAGGAUGCUGUGGAUGCAGAUGAGUAUCUGGUGCCACAGCAUAGCUUUUUCAGCAGCCCGAGCACCUCCCAUACUCCACUACUUCAGUCUGUGAGUAUGAACAGCAGUAUUGGGACAUGUAACGGCAGAAAUGGAUUAUUGAAUGGACUCCUGAGCAGAGACGGAAGCAUGGUUCUCCGGUAUAUUCCAGACCCCACCGACAAACUUUUAGACAAUGCCUUCCAGCCUUCUCCAGACUACAUGAACCAGAAUGGAGUUCCCGAUGUGAUGAAACCUAACGGCCAACCUCGCACCCUACUUCCCACCAUCUCAUCAGACGAUACAGAGACAGAGUACCUGAACUGCUUUAGAAAUGGGAACAAUGGACCCGAAUACCUCAAUGAGAUCCCCUCCUCUGUCCUCUUCCCACCCGCCUCCAACAGCACAGGCAUUCAAAAGUACCUCCCCCACAACAGCAUAGACAACCCAGAUUACCAGCAGGAUUUCACUCCCACCUUCAAGACUCACACCAACGGACACAUACCAGCAGCAGAGAAUGUGGAGUAUCUGGGCCCAGACUGAGGACGACAUAAGACUCUUUUCUGCUCCAUUAAAAGUGGAGUUUUCUAUGGCUGGAAGCACAUUGAUAAGUGGUACCAUCAGUUAUCACGUAUGUUGUUUUUCAGAGUCAGGUGACUCUGCUGAUGAGGAAGAACUCUUUGGAAUGA